GGUGUCAAGAACGUUCAUAGCUAGCACAAAAAUAUCACUGUCAGUUUAAAAAAAUGGUGAAGUGGUUUAGACUGAAGUGCCCAUGUCCUGUUACAGGUUGCCCUAACAGUCAGGGAAAACUGCUUGAAUGGGUUUGUGCAAGUGACAGAGACGCCAUGUACAUCAACGAGAACGGCAUACUGGCGUGUACGCACGAUAAACACGUCGACAAAAUUGUCAACUGGAAAUUUGACUGCGGGGACAGAAGAGGACCACACAAAUACGAACAUUACCUAAGCCCCGACUAUGAGGGUUUUUCUCAUGCAAUGGCUAUGGCAUUACCACAUAUGGGCGAAGCCGGGGCAGACUGGGUUGUUUCUCUGGUUAACGCGGUGAGAAUCCAAUAUGGGAAGUGAAAUAUCUCACCAACUGAAAAUGAUUGUGAAGUAAACAUUUGUGUUAUCUCAUUCACUCUUCUUAACUUGAUGAAACUAGCGGAAGAUAUUAAAAACAAAAUGCUUCAGAGCUGGAGUGGUGGAGUGGGCGAAGUUCAUAGGCGGAUCUUGGUUUGGGGUGGGUACAGAUGGCACGUGUCACCCUCACUCACUGUAGCGCCACCCUAUACAUGUACGUGCUUCCGGUUGUUAUCCACACUUGAUAUGUCAUGCGAAAUGAGACGGGAAAAUUUUGUUGAUAAGCCUUUUUGCAUGCGUUUAAUUAUAGUUUUUUUUUUUUUUUUUUUUUUCAAGUUAGGGGACUUUCCUUUGUCAUCGCGCAGGUCACAUAGUUGUGUGUUACAUUCUAAACUCUAUAUGCAUUCCAUUAUUACAGGGAUAUACACUAACGUGAAUGACGCAAGAACUGUUUGGAGAGUGAACGAAGCAUCCAUAAAUGCACUGAUGAUGACUAAGAUGAUGCACUUUAUAAAACAAAUAAACUGUGAAAAAUAAGCAGCAGCUUUUGUAUUGAUGAUAAAGAAAGUGUCCUUGUGUCACAGUAAUCAAUGAUUGAACGAAUAUGAUCAUAUUUAAUUAU